ACUCCUUUAGGGCUUAGGGCUAAUGGACUGGGUCACGCAUCUGGGCGGCGCAUCUUGCUUGGCUAGCGGCGACGCAUCUUGCUUGGUUAGCGGCGGCACAUAGCAGAGCAGGGGGCUAGGGGCGGGUCAGCUCAACACUCACAGCACUCCGACGAGCGACAGCGCAUCGUGCUCCGGCGUCCGGCUAGGGACGGCUGGGCGACCAGUAGCUGCAGGCUGCAGCUGUGCGGGCGCCGAGCGACACUGCGGUACAGCUGUAGUGUGGCAGGCGGUAGCGGCGGCUCCUCUGGUCGUGGCCCUGCUCCAGCACCUGUCAUCCAGGCUUCCGUCUGAGGCUCUGAGCAAUAACAAGAACAUGACAGCUCCACUACUGCUGCUCCUUUACUGCUAGUGUUACACGGCUCCACUAGAAGCAAUAACAAGAACAUGGCUACUGUUGUUUCCAACAUAGUGGAUUCUUCACAGACUUCUGCUCCAGUUGGCACUGAUAAUACUAACCAGAAUUCAACACCAUCCCAAGAGGUUUCCACAGAAGGAAAGACAAGAAGAAAAACUGAUCCAACAUGGGGAUAUUGUACACAGAUUAUGGAAGGAGGAAAAAAGAAGAUCAAAUGCAUGUUCUGUGAAAUGACUUUUCAAGGAGGAGGAAUCCAUCGUUUCAAGGAACAUUUGGCCAAAUACCCCGGUAAUGUAGCUGCAUGUAAAAAGGUUGAUCCUGAGGUAGAGCAUGCAAUGUAUCAAAAUAUUGAAGAUUGGAAUACGAAGAAAAAGAAGAUUCAACAAGAAUAUGAGGAAGAGAACCAAUAUGGGCCAGAACCUGGAGAAGAAGAUGUUGUUGAAGUCUCCAAUACUAAUGCAGCCCCAUCACGUCGUGUUGCAGCUGCAUUAGAUAAAGGGAAAAAAAGACCAACUGCUACUCCUAGCAUUGGCAAAUAUUUUAAGCCUAGAACUGGACCAGGGGAUCAACCAACAAAGUGUUCUUCAAGGAGAAGUAGUAAAAGAGAAGACAGAUUUGUGUGUGACAAGAUGGUUUCUUGAUGCAUCUAUUCCAUUUAAUGCAAGCAAUUCUGUUUUUUAUCAGCCAAUGUUUGAUGUUGUUUGUGCAUUUGGUUCUAGAUACAAGGCACCACUUUUUAAUCAGUUGCGUGGUACAUUUCUUGCAAAAUGUGUUAAAGAGACUAGGCAGUUUGUUGAUGGAUUUCGCCAAACUUGGAGGGAAACUGGUUGUACUGUUAUGGCUGAUGGAUGGACUGAUAGAAAGAGAAGGACGCUCAUCAACUUCUUGGUCUACUGUCCCAAAGUGGACAGUGAUGAGCGACCUGCAAUGGGCUACCUAUUUGGAGCAUUCCAUGCUUCAAGAGAGGAAAUUGUGAAGAGAUUUCAGAGAAAGAAGGAACUAGUGAAGCCUUUCUUGAAAUACAUAGAUGCACGGUGGGAUAGGCACUUUGAUAAAAAUCUUCAUGCUGCUGGCUUUUGGUUCAAUCCUAAUAACCAAUAUGACAAUGACCUGAGAGAGAAGUACAACUUCACUACUUCUAGAGUUCUUGAUGUCAUAGAGAAAUAUGCUGGCAAAGAUAUUGCCCUUAGAAGUGCUUUGACAAGAGAAAUUAAGACUUUUAGAAAUGGAGAAGGUGAUUUUGGACGUUCAACUGCUAAAAAUGAUCGCCGUUACAUGCUUGCUGAUGAGUGGUGGCAAACUUAUGGCUGCAGUGCACCAAAUUUACAGAAGCUAGCUCUGCGUGUGUUGAGCCAAACUUGUAGUGCAUCUGGAUGUGAGAGGAGCUGGAGCUACUUUGAGCAUGUGCACUCUAAAAAGAGAAAUAAACUAGAGCAUCAAAGGUUUAAUGAUAUUGUGUAUGUGCAUUGUAACCUAAGACUGCGUCAAAGGUCCAAAUCCUCUACUAGAAAUUAUGACCCAAUAAGUUUGGAAGAAAUUGGAAAGGGAAUGAAGCUUGGAUUUUAGAAGAUGAUCCACCUCGCCUUAACUCAGAAGAGCUAGAAGCCUUUCGCACUGAAUUAUCUACACUGAGUAUACAAUGUAGUGAUGAUUUGGUGUUAAACUUGGAUGCCUUGGAGGAAAGCGAUGAGAUUAUGGAGGACCAAAGCCUAAGGCAUCAGGAAGAUGCAUUUGAUUAUGGUGGUAUUUCACUUGAUGUUGGCAGAGCAAGUCCUGGUGGUGCUGAUGCUGCAGUUCAAGAUGAAUGGGAUCCACUGAACUUUUAUUGAGUACCAUGCUAUAUGUGUUUCUAUCUUAUUAUCACGCACUUGAUAUUUGAGUUAUGAACUUGUGAGGCUAUGUAGCUGUCUGAUACUCAGUAGUGAGUACUGAAUACUAUGAUUCUAUAUUUCUGUGAUGUGCGAACUAUGUGCGAAGUGAAGUGUGAACCUUAUGUUAUCAGUUUAUCACUCACUUUGUAUUUUAAAUUUGAGACCAUAUCAUUCUAUAUUUACAUGAUGUAUGCACCUUGCAGUUGUGCAAUUAAAUUAUAUCA